AUGCUGUUUUAUCCAUGCCUAUUGAUUAAAUCUAUUUAUGACUACACAAACGAUGAUACACUCGUUAUUACAGAAGGUAUGGAUCAGACCAAUUCAUAUCAAUAUGCAAAUAUUAGCAAUUUCUCAUCGAUCAUUUUUCCAAACUCAUUAGUUACAAUCAAUGAAGGAUCUUUUUAUAACUGCACAAGUUUGCAAACUCUUGAAUUACCUCCAAAUAUAAAAAUUAUUAAAGAAUAUUCAUUUUCAGAUUGCAUCAAUCUAAAAACAGUAGCAUUUCAUUCAGACAUAACAACAAUUUCUAGCUUUGUAUUCGCAAAUUGUACUUCUCUUGAAUUAAUUCAAUUUCCAUCUUCGUUGGAAGAAAUUAAAGAAAAUACUUUUUACAAUUGCAUUAAUCUUGGUAAAAUAUCAUUUCCAGAUAAUUUAACAAAUAUUUGGCCUAGGGCAUUUUAUAAUUGCAUAAAAUUAACUUUUGAUUCUUUGCCAUCAACAUUGAUAUACAUUGAUGCAUAUGCAUUUUAUCAUUGUCAAUCAAUAUGUAGUAUUGAUUUUCCAAUAUCUACUAACUUUAUUGGUGAUUCAUCUUUUUCACAUUGUUCUCAAUUGGAGAAAGUAAGAUUUUUAAAUUCUUCAACUAGAUUAAAUAGCCAGGCAUUCUCACAUUGCGAAAAAUUGUCUGAUAUUCAACUUCCAUCAGAACUUCAAUUUAUUGAUAUGGAACUUUUUUCAUUUUGUACUCAAUUGACAUCAAUUAUCUUACCUGAUUCUGUUAACAACAUAGGCUAUAAAGCCUUUGAAGAAUGCAUCAAUUUAAAGAGUGUGAAGUUUUCUUUAAAUCUUGCAGAUAUACGCCAUUUAGCUUUUAUAAAUUGUUAUUCAUUAAUUAGCAUAGAACUACCAGAAUAUCUCGAGUUUGUUGGAAUUUUCGCUUUUUCAAAUUGCACCAGUGUUAAAAAUAUUACUUUUCUGGGUCGAUCAACAAUUAUUGAAGAUUCUUGCUUCAAUGGGAUGACAUCGUUAGAGAAGAUUAUUCUUCCAAGUAAAAUGGUAACUAUUUCCGCUAAGCUAUUUUAUAAUUGCAUAAAUUUGAUUGAUAUUCAUAUACCAAAUAAUGUUACAAUGAUUCAAAGAGAAGCUUUUAGUGGUUGUCAGGGUCUUAUCAAGAUAGAAAUUCCAGAUUCUGUUAUAAAAAUUGAAUCAUUUACUUUUUAUAAUUGUUUUGAACUUCGAAAUAUAUCAUUAUCAACAUCUAUCACUGAAAUUUCUAAUGGUUGUUUUUGCAGUUGUCACUCUCUCGAAACAAUCAUCAUAAAUUCAAAUAAAUUCAUCUCAAUUGGUGUAUCUUCUUUCCAGAGUUGUUAUUCAUUGAAAUCAAUAGUAUUCCCUGUUUCAUUGCAAACCAUCAAAAAACUUGCAUUUUCGAAUUGUUCUAAUUUGACUGAAUUGAAUUUCCCAAAUUCACUAAGUGAGAUACAUGAAAAUUCUUUCUUUAAUUGUAUAUCAUUAAUUCGUAUAAAUAUACCAAAAGGUCUUAGUUUGUUAGGAGUCAAUUCAUUCUCUAAUUGCACAGCUCUGAAAGAAAUUAUUAUCGAAUCAAACUGUUCUAUUGAUCAAAGUGUUUUCGAAAAUAGUAAUAUGAUUGAGCAUUUAAUUAUUUAUCAUCCAAAUGAAUAUAUAUUUAAACAACAAAUCCUAUUAUCUUCAGUCAAAUCUAUCACAUUUAAUCUAUCAAUUGAAGAAUAUCCAUCACUCGUCAAAUAUGAAAAUCUCAAAUAUAUUUACAUCUAUACUCAAAGACAUAAAGCAAUAAUUAAAGAAUACUUUACACCACCAAAGAAAGUUAGUGUUAAUAUUAUCGGAAAUAUGAAUAAAAUUGAUGAAAAAUCAUUUGUAAAUAGUCACAUAGACAGCUUUUUAUACUGUGGCAAUCAAACAUUAGAAGGCAAUUUCCUUGUAAAUGCAAAAUCAUAUAAUAAUAUUACUGUAUAUAAGUACUAUCCUAAAAAUUCAAUUGGAGGAGUUAAAGUUAAAAAGACAAAUAGCUGUCCUAAUUUUCAUGAGAUUGAAAGACAUAUACUAUCCAAACUUCAUAUUAUUCUAAUUGUCACUUCUUGUAUUUUUGUUGUUAUUGCUCUUAUAAUUGUAUUCGCUAAAAUCCAAUGUGCUCAUAAGUUAAAUAAGAAACUUGAAGGAAAAAUGCUAAUGCAAAGACUUGUCGUUGAAGAUUUUGGAUAG